AUGAAGCGAAAACCGCAGACAGUGUUGUCAGUUGAAAAAAAACACGACAUCAUUAGGAUGAGAGAACAAGGUGCGAAUCGAACAUUGAUACUAAAAAAGUAUGAUACUACAGUACCCUGCUUGGGCAAUAUAUAUACAGGACACGCAGAGAUUAAAAGACUAUUCCAGGCCAAGACAUUGGAUAUUAGCCGUUCCAGAAAACGUACAGGAUGGCUACAUGUAACGGAUCUAGAAAAAAUUGUUUACCAGUUGUACUUACGAUGUAGGCAAAACAGAAUACAAAUGACAGGAUCAGAGAUACAGAAAAAAGCUCUAGAAAUUAAUGAAAAAUUGAAGGGAGCUCCUGAUUUUAAUGCCAGUUGCCUUUGGUUGGACAACUUUAGAUAUCGUCACCGUAUGACUGAUGAUGAUGUCAGGAAAGAUUUUCCAAUCCGAACUACAGAUGCAAUGGAUAACUUCAAAGCUUGUUUUAACAAACUUCUGAAAGACGAGUUCACAUUGGAGAACGUUUACAAUGUCGUUCACACAGUAAUAAUGUGGAAAGGAGUACCAGAAAAAACUUCGAUGUUUAACCGUGCGAAAAAGGCAGGAAACCAACAAAUGUUGGAAGAUCACAUUACUGCACUUUUUUGUGCAAAUGCUACCGGAUGUCACAAGUUGCCGAUACUAAUAAUCGGCAGCAUUGGAGAAACUCAAGGUUUAUACAAUUUGAAUACAGAAGCCUUCUCAACUAUCUACAGAGCAAACGUCAAUGCUAAGAUGAACAGUAACAUUUUCAAUGAGUGGUUUAGGAAAUAUUUCUUAAAAUCAGUUAUAGAAAGACAAAUGAUGAAGGGGCGCAGGGAGAAAACGUUGUUGUUACUAGAUAAUACUAACUUGCUUUACGAUCUCAACGAUCUAAAUAGAAAAGAUAAAUUCGUUACAGUUAUAAGUAUUCCACUUAGCAUAUCACCACUCAGACAACCAAUGAAUUGUGGAAUAAUUGCAAGUUUUAAGCGAAAGUUCCGAAACCAAUUGGUGACAACAUUAGCUUCAUUACCUCUCUGCAAUACGGAGGAUGAUGUGAUAGACAUGCAUGACAAAUUAGAUAUGUGGGAUUGCUGCAGCUUUGCAUAUGAUGCUUGGUCUUAUGUCGACGAUGCAAUAUUGAGAAAUGCGUGGGACGCCAUUUUGAAGCGUGAUGUCUUGUGGAGUGGGCAGUACUCAAUAAAAAUGAAAUAUGACGCAGUUAAAACAAUUGAAUUGUUGCAUAGCUUACCUGGAUGCGAACGGUGCGAUGAAGCCAGUGUGUUCAACUGGUUUGAAAUGGACGAGACUUGUGACAUAAUCAUGAAGAUAUGUACUAACGAAGUUGUUCGAGAUUUUGAAGACAGAAAUGUGGAUCGAGUGAACACAAAUUUCGACGAUGAAGCUGGGCCUUCUCAUUCGAAGGUUUCAAAAAUGAGUUAA